UCGUAAGUGAGACGCAAACACCCAAACGAUGUGGCUCCACAUAGAGUUUCUAUUUGUGUCGUUUUUGGUGAUUAUAUUCGCCAUUUGCUCGAGUGCUCUUAACUAUAUUUUCGUUGCUGAAAAUGAGGACUUCUUUGAGGACUGCGUAAACUCAAAGAGCAAUGUUCUCAAUUUCGACGGAAUCGUUAACAAAUCAGAGCUAAGCUUUACGCUGCAUGAUGAGGUGAUAUUAGUUUCGGGAAAUGUUACUUUCAUCUGGGACAUUCAACCUGGCGAUCGUGUUCAAGCUACUUUCAAAACGAAUAAGUAUGAUCGUGGAAGCUGGCAACUGACCCCAUACGUCAUGAAAAUGCAAGACUUCAGGCCAACUCUGUUUGACAAGGAUCAACAUUUUUACAAAUUUUGGACAAGGCAUAUCAUUAAUGUGGAAGAGAUCAAAGAGACAAUUUUUUACCCAGGAACUAAAAUAAUCCACGAGCCGUUUGACAUAAAUGUGACAAUGGAAUUUACUGGAGUGCCCGUAUCCGGUCGAUACAAGAUUACUACCUUACUGAAGGCCUAUGACUCGAACAAUUUGCCACGGGACACCAGCAUCUGCUUCGAAGUAAUAGGAGAAGUGGACAGGCUGUAGAUGCAGGAAAUCAAUGUACUAUAUUCCAUAUUAAAGAUGUUAUUCAAAAAAUAUAAGUA